GUGAGAAUGUGUUGCUUGUACACUGGAGCUGUGCUGUGUUAAUGAAUAAACCAUUAGUUCAUGUGGGAGGAGAAUCUUCCCAUGCCUUAAAUAAGAUAAUGUGCAGAUGUUAAUUUCACUCCACUCCAUCCUGUCAUUGCUAAAGCAUGGGAAAAGGUUUCUACAUCAGUAAAACUGUUGGAAUAGUAGGGAUUGUGUUAGCGGCUGGAGCACUAGCAACAAUCAUCGCUCUCUCUGUGGUCUACUCCCAAGAGAAGUCCAAGAACAACGAGAAUGAGGUUAAACCCACAGGUGCAGGAACAACAUCAGUCCCAACAACUAAACCAUCCAAUGAACCAUGGGACAAGUGGCGCCUUCCUCAGACUCUUAGUCCAAUAACCUACAAUGUCACUCUGUGGCCGCGGCUCCAGCCAGAUUCAACUGGACUCUACAUCUUCACAGGGAUGUCCAGCGUAGUCUUCAGAUGUGUGGAAAAGACAAACCUCAUCCUCAUUCACUCCAACAAGCUGAACAUGACAAAGGAUCCAACCUUGACAGCACAUGGAAGCAAGCCAGCUCCUGCCAUUGCAUCAAUUGUGAUGCACACAAAAACACAGUAUAUGGCAAUUCAUCUGAAAGAAGAAUUAACUGCUGGGGAAAUCUACGAACUCUACACAGCAUUUAAAGGUGAACUUGCGGAUGACUUGGGAGGCUUCUACAGGAGUGAAUACUAUGAGAAUGGAGUCAAGAAAGUGGUCGCCACAACCCAGAUGCAGCCAACAGAUGCCAGGAAGGCAUUCCCUUGCUUUGAUGAACCUGCAAUGAAAGCAAUAUUCCACAUCACUCUUUACCAUGAUCCAGCAACUGUAGCCCUCUCCAAUGGUGUUGUGAUGGACGAAGUUAACAUCACAGUGGAUGGCACUCUUGUUACCAUGACAACAUUUGCACCAACAGAAGUAAUGUCGACAUAUUUGUUGGCAUUCAUUGUCAGCGAUUUUGGCUUCAUUGAACAAAAUAUUGGAAAUCUGCAGAUUCGGAUUUUUGCCCGUCAAAAAGCAAUAAAUGCAGGACAAGGGCAGUAUGCGCUCAAUGUGACUGGACCAAUUCUCAAAUUCUUUGAGAGGUAUUAUAAUGUCUCCUAUCCACUGCCCAAAUCAGACCAAAUCGCUCUGCCAGACUUCAGUGCUGGUGCAAUGGAAAACUGGGGCUUAAUUGCAUACAGAGAGACGGCCCUGCUGUACGAUGAAGAAAUAUCCUCAAAUGGAAACAAAGAGAGAAUCGUUAUUGUUAUUGCCCAUGAACUUGCCCAUCAGUGGUUUGGAAACCUUGUGACUCUCAGGUGGUGGAAUGAUCUGUGGCUCAAUGAAGGUUUUGCAUCUUACGUAGAAUAUCUUGGGGCUGAUGAAGCU